AUGUGGCCGGGCGUCCUGAGUUCGGCCCUGAGGGCCGGGCCAGAGUGGGGAAGACAAGACCCUGGCACCGGGAACUCCUCACCUGCCGACGGCCGGCCCCACCGCGCGCGAACGCUCGUCCCAGCUCCUUUGCGGGCACCCGGGAAGCAACGGGGAAGGGCGGAGUCUCUGAGUGACGGGUCUCGAGAGUCCUCCAAUCACCACCCGGAUCGCCGGCGAACUUCUGCAGCCUGGGCACUGAGCUCCCUGAUUGGCUGGCGCCGAGUGACGUCGUCAGAUCGCGACCCAGAGGCGACGGCCGAGCGGGGCAUGUGGCUGGGGCACUGCCCGCGGCUCGCCUUCCUGGUGCCGUGGCGCUCGGCAGUGCGGCGCCUCGAGCUCACCAGCACUCGGGACAGCUGGAGGGGCCCCAUGGCGGACACACAGCCGAGUGGGGUCGAAGCCGCGGGGGGGCUGGAGUCUCCAGCUCAGCGGAGCGGAGACGCAGAAAGCCCGGACCCCGCUGGCCCUGGAGUAGAGUCGCCCCCGGAGAUCGGGGAGCCAGCGCUGGUCGCCGCCCCGGGCCCCGGCAAGCGAACAAAGAAGCGAGGCGCUACCGGGGAGCGAAUCGUGCCGCCCCCGAAGAAACGGCGGGCUGGCGUGAGCUUCGGCGACGACCACUUUGCAGAGACCAGCUACUACUUUGAGGGCGGCCUGCGCAAGGUGCGCCCCUAUUACUUCGACUUCCAGACCUACUGCAAAGGCCGCUGGGUGGGCCGCAGCUUGCUGCACGUCUUCACCACCGAGUUCCGAGCUCAGCCUCUGGCGUACUAUGAGGCUGCGGUCCGGGCGGGGCGCCUGCACCUCAACGCGGAGCAGGUCCGGGACCUCAGCGUCGUGCUCAAGGACAAUGACUUCUUGCGGAACACAGUGCACCGGCAUGAACCACCAGUCACAUCAGAGCCUAUCCGUCUGCUAGCCGAGAACGAAGAUGUGGUAGUUGUGGAUAAGCCUUCCUCCAUUCCUGUCCACCCCUGUGGCCGCUUUCGACACAAUACGGUCAUCUUCAUCCUUGGCAAAGAACACCAACUCAAAGAACUACACCCAUUGCAUCGGCUCGACCGCCUCACCUCAGGGGUGCUCAUGUUUGCCAAGACAACUGCUGUCUCAGAGAGAAUUCAUGAGCAGGUUCGAGACCGGCAGCUGGAGAAGGAGUAUGUGUGCCGAGUGGAGGGAGAAUUCCCCCUGGAGAAGGUGACCUGCAAGGAACCCAUCCUGGUCGUGUCUUAUAAGGUGGGGGUAUGCCGUGUGGAUCCCCGGGGAAAGCCCUGCGAGACAGUGUUUCAGAGGCUGAGCUUCAACGGCCACUCCAGUGUGGUGCGGUGUCGGCCUCUCACAGGCCGUACCCACCAGAUCCGAGUCCACCUCCAGUUCCUGGGCCACCCCAUCCUCAACGACCCUAUCUAUAACUCAGUCGCCUGGGGCUCCUCCCGUGGCCGGGGUGGGCACAUUCCCAAGACAGAUGAGGAACUGCUACAGGACCUGGUAGCAGAACACCAGGCCAAACAGUCCCUGGAUGUGCUGGAGCUCUGUGAGGGUGACUUGUCCUCCGGACUUGCAGCUUCCACGGCCUUCUCCUCAGAGCUGGACAAGAAGAGCCUGGAAGCAUUGGCUUCAGCUGCUCAGAAGAUGGACAGCGGUUAUGAGAUGGCCCACAAGGGUCCCAACACAUUGGCCUCAGCACCAGGGAAUGCUGCUGAAGCAGAUGUCGUGAAACCGGAGACAGAUCCCCUCUGUGCAGAGUGCCGGUUGGUGCGGCGGGACCCCUUGCCCCAGGACCUCGUGAUGUUCCUGCAUGCCCUGCGCUAUAAAGGGCCAGACUUCGAGUACUUGUCACCCAUGCCUGAGUGGGCACAGGAUGACUGGCAGGAAGACUGAGAACUGGGGCCAGAGGAGGGUUUGCUUGCUGGGUUAGGGAAGAGGUGGGCCAAAGGCUGGUACUCAGGGCUCUGCAGGAGGGCAGGCGAACCUCUGGGGACCUGCUCUUCCUUUUUAAUCUCAGGUGUCUGAUUUUCUUACUACUACUUCCUUUUUGUCUUUAUUGAAAUAAAAUUCACUUAGCAUAAAAUUAACCAUUUUUAAAUUAUAAAUCGUGCAGUGACAUUUUUAUGUUCACACUGCUGUGCAGCCACUCCAUCUAGUUGCAAAGCAUGUAGACAUUUAGAUUUGCCAUCACCCAAAAAGAAAAUCCAUGUCCCCUAAGCUUUCCCAGGCCAUUCCUUUGCCCCAGUAACCACUAAUCUGCUCUUGGUUUUUAUGCAUUUGCUUAUUCUGGGCACUUCAUAUCAAUGACAUCAGGCAAUAUGUGGGCUUUUGUGCUUUCUACUCCCAUGGUAAACAGUUACAGUAUCGGAACCAUGGGAGGCAGUUCUACCCUGUCCUAUAUGGUCCGUAUGAGUCGGCAUUGACUCAAGGGCAGGAAGUCUUAGUAUUACAUUUAGCAUAAUAUCUGUUGUGGUUUAUCCAUGUUGUAGCAUGAAUCAGCACUUCAUUAUAGUAGAAUAAUAUCCAUUUGGGGGGACAAUAUGAAUAUAAUACGUAUAUCUGUUUAUCAGUUGAUGGACAUUGAAUUAUCGCCUUGUGUCUACUGUGCACAAUGCUCUUAUAAAUAAGCAUGCACAAGUUUUUGUUUUGAGUACCUGAUUUUAAUUUUUAUUACUGGGUCCUAUGAUAGUUCUGUGUCUAACAAACCACAACACCAUUUUACGUUCUUAACAGUAAAAUACAAGGGCUUCAACUUUUACUCAUCUUCACCAACACUUGUUAUUCACAUUUUUCAUUAUAAGCAUGUAGUGGGAGUGAAGGUACUGCAGCUCGGCUACUGACCCAAAGGUUAGCAGAUCAAACUCACCAGCCAUUCCAUGGAAUAAAAGAACUAGAAAUCUGCUCUCCUAGAGAUUGCAGUCUGAGAAAUCUUCAGGGUCAGCUAUAGACUGUGCAUUAAGAUGACUAUGAAUCGGAACUGACAGGCCAACUGUGGGAGUGAAGUAGCAGCUCAGUUUGCAUUUUUCUUAAUCCUUUUAUUAGGGGCUCAUACAACUCUUAUCACAA